AUGCCAUCAACCAAGAAAGAUCAGACCACCGUCAACCUCUCAAUUCCCAAAAAACAACAUGCAUCUUCUAAAGUAACUAAAAAUAUCGUCAAUCCAUCAUCAGAUACGUUGGAAGAUUCCACGCCGAUUUCUGAUCAUCAUAUCACUAGCGUGGAUGUGGAUUCUGACGGAGAGGAUACCAGCUCGGUCUAUUCCAAAUCUACUUUGUUUGUUUCUACUCUUCCAUUCACUGCAAAAGCUGAUGAUCUUGAAGAGUUUUUUUCUCAGAUUGGUCCUGUACGUUCUUGUUUCAUUGCCAAGCAGAAAUUAACCGGCUUGUCCAGCGGUUGUGGAUAUGUCCACUUUGCCUUGGCUGAGGAUGCCCAACGUGCACUUGUUGAACUCAAAAAACAAAAGUUUAUGGGCGGUCGAACUUUGAAGAUGAAAAUUGCCUUGAGAAAGAGCAUUGUUGUUCAGAGAAAAUCAGGUAAACCUCGUGCAACAAUCAAAUCAGUUAUUGAGCCGACAAAGGCCAAACAACGUGCUCGACUUAUUAUUCGUAACUUGUCAUUUAACUGUAAGCCAGAAAAUCUACAGAAUGUAUUUUCAGCAUUUGGCAUAGUCAAGGAUUGCUCUGUGCCUCAUUUAGAUGAUGGAAAGGCUCGUGGAUUUGGGUUUGUCGAGUUUGAAACUAUGGAUUGUGCUCAACGUGCCUUGCAAGCCGUAAAUGGCACCAAGAUUUUGAAUCGGCCUGUUGCUGUCGAUUGGGCUCUUGCCAAAGCUACUUUUGAUCGACUUUCUGCAUUGCCUACAGCUGAAGGCGAAGAUUCAAGUGACAAUGAAGACCAAGUCGCAGAUGCCGCUCAACAUGACAAUGAAAUGACAACCAGUCUGAAACCCCAAAACAGUCUACACGAAUCAAUGAUGGAAGUGGAUGGUGAAGAUGGUAUGGAGAUUACUAUGGACGAUGAGUCUUCUGAAGAAGAUGACGGUAUCGAAAUCAUCAUGGAUAAUGAGGACGAUGCUGACACUACCUUGUUUAUUCGAAAUCUAUCAUUCGAAACAACCGAAAAAGAGCUUUACAACGCAUUUUCUACUUUUGGAAAGCUAAGAUAUGCCAAAAUCACUAUGGACAAGACCUCUGGUCUUUCAAGAGGUACAGGAUUUGUGUGCUUUUAUGAUGAAAAGAACACGUCCGACUGCCUAGUAGAGUACGAAAAAGCAAAGUCGGUAGCUUUGUUGCUAUCACAAAUGGCAUCCGGCACUAAUCCAGCAUUUAUGCUUGGCGGCAGAAUGCUAAGCAUUACUAUAGCCGUAUCCAAGAAACUGGCAGGAGAAUUGACAUAUGAUUCUAAAUUGCGUCGCCGAGCUCAAGACAAGCGCAACAUGUAUUUGAUGCGCGAAGGAGUUAUAUUUGCAGGAACCGAGGCUGCCAAGACCAUCACUGAGGAAGAACUGUUGAAAAGGACAAACAGUUUUGCAGAUCGCAAACGCAUUUUGGCUACUAAUCCCAACCUCUUUAUCUCGCGUACCCGUCUCUCUAUUCGGUCGUUGAUGCCAUAUGUUACUGAUCAUGAGUUGCGAAACACUGCAAAACAUGCAGUGAUUGCUUUUUGGAAGCAAGUAGAAGAAGGAACUCGUCAACCCCUUGAACCAGAAGUGGUGGAUGAAGAGCUACAACAAGGGAACGAUGCACCAGGCAUCAAACGCAAGGUGACAAUACGACAAGCCAAGGUGCUAUUAGAUAUGGAUCGACUUGAUGCUGUAACCAAAAAACCAAAGUCUAAGGGAUACGGGUUUGUUGAGUUUAAUUCUCAUGCUGAUGCAUUAGCAUGUCUUCGAUGGCUCAAUAACAACCCAACUGCAUUCAUUCAAAAAAAACCACAGACUAACAAUGCUCAAAAAGCAGAUUCAACCCAAGACAAAAAGACUGAUAAACAAGUCAAGGCAAUGCCAGUUUCCAAUACCAAAGUAGCUAAGCGACCGAUUGUCGAGUUUGCAGUGGAAAAUAGAUUGGUACUUAAGCAGAGAGGCGAGCGCGAUAUCAUUAACAAAGCAAAAAAUCCAGAAUCAACCAAAGUUGAAGGUGCAGCAGCCAGAAUAGCUAAAAAGGAUCAGAUCAAGAAGCGUAAGAGAGAUGCUCCAACAGCCGAUGAGCCGUCUCAAUUACCUAAAACCAAGAAACCAGACAUAAAAAGUAUUGUUUCCAAGACAAAAGCAGGAAAGACUCGUGUAGAUGGAUCACAGUCGGUGAGCAGUCUACCCAAGAGACCGAGAGCACUGAAUGCUGCUUCUGGUUUGCCAGCAUUGGCGGAGACCGAAAAAUCAAUAUCCAAGAAACAAGCAAAGCGUGCUCGACAGGACAAGGAGGAAACAGACUUUACAUCCAUGGUGGCUCGGUACCGCUCCCAGAUAAAUGCGCCUUUAUCUAAAAAUGGAGAUGGAACACCACAUCCAAGAUCCAUAUCGUCUUGGACUGAGUAA